AUAAGCGACCUGGAUAUGCCAAUACCAACAGCGCAUGUGGCUGGAGUGGUCGGCAAGAAAGCCGCUUUGCCCUGCGACACACAGCCACUCUCGGCGGACGAUAGAGUCGCCAUGGUGCUUUGGUUCAAGGAGGCUGACUGGGAACCGCUGUACAGCUACGACGUCCGAGGUAGAACACUCAGCCAGCCCAAGCUCUGGUCAUCUCCCACUGGCUUCGGCACGCGGGCCUUCUUCCGUGCCAGUGCCGCCCCCUCCACUCUGCUGGUGGACAACGUCAGCACGGCUGAUACAGGCGUCUACAGAUGCAGGGUCGACUUCAAGAACUCCCCUACGAGGAAUUUGAGAAUCAACUUUACUGUUAUAACCCCGCCCAACCGGCCUGUUAUAAUGGAUGCGAAGACCAGAGAUAUAACCAGGCUAUUGGAGCCGUAUGACGAAGGGGAUACCUUGGAACUGUUGUGCGAGGUGUAUGGAGGUGAUCCCCGUCCUGCCCUGGUGUGGUACCUCGAAAACACGAUUAUAGACGAUUCCUUCGAGCAAAAACCUGAUGGCAUCACCGUGAACUCUCUCACCUUCCCGAGCAUAGGACGGCAGCAUCUCAACGCGAGGCUCAUCUGCCAGGCCUCCAACACCAACCUGGCACCGCCGCAAACCAAGCUUCUGAUACUUGAUAUAAACCUAAGGCCACUGACGGUGCAGAUCCUGAGCAAGAACCGGCAGCUGUCCGCAGACAGGAGCUACGAGGUGGAGUGCAAGACCACGGGCUCCAGGCCCGAAGCCCAAGUCACCUGGUGGAAAGGGAUGAAACCUCUAAGAAAGAAGGCGAGGAAUUUCUCGGACACAAACUCAACGACCAGCAUCCUGACCUUCGUCCCUGAAGCGGAAGACCACGACAGCAACCUGGUGUGCCGUGCAGAGAACCCAAGAGUAGCCAACUCCGCUAUAGAGGACACUCUGAGGCUGAAUGUACAUUAUGUCCCGAUGGCUACCUUGAAGAUGGGUUCAAACCUGAACCCAAAUCAUAUAAAGGAAGGUGACGACGUAUACUUUGAAUGCAGCGUGCAAGCAAACCCGAGGGCAAGCAGACUGGCUUGGUAUAAAGAAACAAUAGAAAUCCAACACAACGCAAGUUUUGGUGUUAUACUAAGCGACCAGAGCCUGGUGCUGCAGAGUGUGAACAGGACGGCGUCCGGGGACUAUAGCUGUCUCGCUCACAACAGCGAGGGCAGCGCGUCCAGUAACUCCGUGUCAUUACAAGUUCGAUAUGCUCCACUUUGCAAGUCAGUGGAGGACGGACAAGUGUUCGGCGCCUUGAAACAAGAAACCAUCGAGUUAGUGUGCUCUGUUGACUCCAACCCGCAGCCAAACAGUUUCCAGUGGACUUUCAACAGAUCUGGCGACCAAAAUGAGCUGUCAUCAAGUUUGUUUACCAACACGGAUCACAAAUCGGUGCUACGGUACACUCCAAUGGACGAUAAAGAUUUCGGAACGCUAUCUUGUCUCGCAACAAACUCGGUCGGCAAGCAGGAGGUGCCUUGCACUUUCAAUUUGGUUGCGGCUGGCCGCCCUACAUUAUUGCAAAAUUGCUCAGUGCUGAACCAGAGUGACGGCUUACAAGUUGAGUGCUACGAAGGCUUCGACGGAGGACUCCCCCAAGUGUUCUUCAUGGAAGUACUGGAGCUACCCGCUUUAAGUGUGCGCGCCAACCUCACAGCGAACUUCACCCCGAGUUUCGAAAUCCAGGGCCUAGACAGAGGUGUCAGCUACCUCCUCAAUAUCUACGCGGCUAAUGCAAAGGGCAGGAGCGAAGUGACAACCCUAUAUACUAUUGCCGUCAGAUCACCGGAUAAAUAUACAGGUGCAAGUAACCCUUUUUCGCUGUCGCCGAUGAUUGCGUCACUUCUGGCUAUGGUCGCUCUUCUAAGCGCAGCAGUAUGCGCCAUCAUAGUUGCGGUGUACCGGAAACACUUCGUGAGAACGCAUGGGAAGCAGCCGCCAUCUACCAACGCAUUAUACUCGGAAGGCAGCAUCGAUUCUUUUCCAAAAAGGGAUAACCUGCCAUCCUACACAGCGUCCCCAAAAAUGGACUACAGCAGUCGAUAUGAAUUGAAGAUAGAUGGAGAGGAAGACGAUCCUGACAUUAUACCUGUACAAUUUGAUAAAAAGCCGCUUGAUGACUUCAGCAAGCCUCAAAUAGGAAUGGAGGGAGAUACUAUAAAAAUCUACCGGGAACAAAGCGUUAUAUUGCCAAAUAGUGGAAGCAUAUCCUUCGUGAACCGCGGAGUGACCGCUCGGGGUGUUGACAUAUCGGCCUCUCGACAUGAAGUGGUGACAGCAUCGAGGAAAGUCAGGGAAAGCUGCAUAUAG